GCGGAGCAACCUCCGGGAUACGAGGCUUUGUGUUGGUGGCCUCUCGGGUCUUCGAAUAUUGACCUCGCCUUGACCGGACGCUUUGGUGCGACUCGGCGCGAUGAUGCAACGAAAGGUGUAAAUGAUUGCUGUCAUGACUGGAGCUGAGACUGAGGAUGAUAUUCCUUUUGGUGAAAGGAAAACAGUCACAGAUUUUUGUUAUCUCCUGGACAAAUCAAAACAACUUUUCAAUGGAUUAAGGGACCUUCCUCAGUACGGACACAAGCAGUGGCAGUCCUACUUUGGGCGAACGUUUGAUGUUUACACCAAGCUGUGGAAAUUUCAGCAGCAGCACAGGCAGAUUCUGGACAGCCGCUAUGGCUUGAAGAGAUGGCAGAUUGGGGAAGUUGCAUCCAAAAUUGGACAGCUUUACUACCACUACUACCUGCGUACAUCUGAAACAAGUUACCUGAAUGAGGCAUUUUCUUUCUACUCAGCCAUCCGACAGCGGUCUUACUACUAUCAGGUCAACAGAGAGGACAGGCCAGAAUUAGUUGUGAAGAAACUUCGAUACUAUGCCCGAUACAUAGUUGUCUGUUUACUGCUGAACAAGAUGGACCUGGUCAAGGUUUUGGUGAAGGAGUUAUCUGAAGAAAUCGAAGACUAUACACAACGAUUCAACACUGAGGAUCAAUUGGAAUGGAACCUGGUUCUACAGGAGGUGGCAUCUUUUGUUGAGGCAGACCCAGUGGUACUCCUUGAUGAGAACAGUUCUGUCACUGUCAUCAGCUAUCGUCUUCAAGAGGGAUGUGUGCCUCCCUUGGAACAAGGCAUGGUGGUUGGGCAACUCGUCCUUGCAGACGCACUAAUCAUUGGCAACUCUAACAGCCAGGUGAAGUUCAGUGAAUUGACUAUAGACAUGUUCCGUAUGCUUCAAGCAUUGGAGAGGGAACCAGCAAAUAUUGCUAUACAGACAUCGAAACAAGGAAUUCUGGAACCCAGUGAGAAGCCUGCCAAACGGGAAAACCCCCACAAGUAUCUACUGUACAAGCCAACAUUCAGCCAGCUUUUUACAUUCUUGUCUGCCUCCUUUAAGGAACUGCCAGCAAACAGUGUUCUACUUGUCUACCUGUCAGCAGCCGGAGUCUAUCCAUCUGUAAAUUCAGAAUAUGAAGGACCAUUUGAUUUCGGAGGGGUUCUCACAAAUUCAAAUCGAGAUAUUGUGAAUGGAGAGGUGAUUCAGAAGAGAAAUCAGUCCCAUAAAGAAAUGCACUGCCUUCAUCCCGGUGACUUACUCCCUUUCACUCGGAAGCCACUAUUUAUUAUUGUGGAUUCAACAAACAGCAACGCCUAUAAGAAUUUCACAAAUAUGUUUGGCCAACCUUUGGUGUGCCUACUAUCACCUAAAGUAUAUCCCAAGAGUGUACAAGAUCAGUCUCAACGUGGGAGUCUCUUCACCCUGUUCCUGUACAGCCCACUUUUGGCUUUCUUCUCUGUGUGUGGUUUAAGCAGCGUGAGAGGAAAACUUUGGCAGAGCACUCAAGAAUUUCUUCACAAAGUUGACCGUGACAUUGGGCAAAUGAUAACACGAUCACAAACCAUAGAUCAAGCCUUUUUACAAUUCUUUGGUGAUGAAUUCCUUCGACUUCUGCUGAUCCGCUUUGUGUUUUGUUCAGCUACAUUGAGACUGCAUAAAGUCUUUCGGGAGGCACAGAGCUUCCCUGAGUCAUAUCCUGAGCUCCCUAAACAAGACACGGUGGAGAACAGCAUUCUGCAGAAGCAUAUUUUGAAGAUGGCAACCCUUCUGGAUGUGCAGAACAUGUUUUGGGACAAUUCAGUAGAAGCCUAUUGAAUUUUUUUUUGUGGUCAGGACCAAAUAUUUGGUGUGGAAAAGCCUCCACAUCCUGAAUACUCAUCUGCUACAGCCUUUGUAGCAUUUUCUUUUUCUUUUUAUUAUUAUUAUUUUUUUGGGCUAUAAAAAUAACUAAUUUAUAACUGAAGUCCAGCUUUUAAAUUGAACUAGCUAACAUGUAGUGCUCGCUAUACUCAAAAGACUCAUGGACUACAAAUCAAUUUAUGCACUUCUAUCAGUUACACAAUUUUGCAAAACAUUAAUGCUAUUGCUUGUUCAUACAUCCUGUGACAAUGACUUUUCUGAUGUGGCACUGUAAUUAAUGACCUUUGGUUAGUUGUUGUUUUCAAGUGUAUAUACACGAAGAAAGCAUAUUUUUUUGUCCAUUCUGAGCUAACUUUUGAGGUAUAUUUUGAACACAAGAACAUUUUAAUGAUAAAUGAAAUGACUAAUAAUGCACACACACAACAUAGAGGACAUGUUUUGGACUGUAGCAGGAUGGUAGGGAUUUAAUACCAGUACUAAUAGAAACUAAUUCCAAAAUUUGGAAACAUGCACUGUUGCAAGAAGUAAACACAGGAACCGAUUGGAAUCUAUUUAUUUGCCAUACAGUAAAAUUGGAGAACUUAUUUUUCAUGUUUAUUCUCUUAGCACUGUUUCUGUGUACAUAUAAUGUAUCAAAAUGUAUUGUCCAAAAUGUUUGUUGAAAUGUUCUUAGUUUCUAGUGGUGAUUCCAGCUUUCAAUGGUGCACACUUAUGUUUUAGGGGUUUUACGUUUGCGAAGGAACUUGAAUUUAUAUUAGGGGAUUAUAAACAAAGUCUUUAUAUUUAUUUGUAUACAGUUUUUUUUGUUUGUUUGUUUGUUUUCAAAGUUUUCAAAGCUUUUUCCACAGAGCAACAAAAUACAAAGCAAAGUAAAGCAAAUUUAUGUAUAUAGCGCAUUUCAUACACAAGGUAACUCAAUGUGCUUUACAUGAUUAAAAGCAUUAAAAAAAAUAAAACCUGCUUAUAAACAUUUAAAACAAAGAGAGAAAAAAAUAAUACAAUUAAAACAGCGUACAGUGUAAGAAAUAGCAUUUAAAAGUGGAAAUGCUCAAAAAAAGCAUAGGAAAAAAGAAGAGUUUUUAACCUGGACUUAAAAACAUGCACACUUGGGGCUGACUUCACUCCUGUUGGCAACUUAUUCCAUUUGUGUGCAGCAUAAUAGCUAAAUGCUGCUUCACCAUGCUUGCUUUGGACUCUGUGCUCCACUAUUUGACCCGGGUCUGUCGAUCUCAGAGCUCUACUGGGUUUAUAUUCCAUGAGCAUUUCAUUCAUGUAUUCAGGACCUCAACCGUUUAGUGAUUUAUGGACCAGUAGCGGAACUUUAAAAUCUAUUCUAAAACUGACUGGAAUCCAGUUUAAAGACUUUAAAAUUGGAGUAAUAUGCUCUGACCUCUUUGUUCUGGUCAGAACCUGAGCUGCAGCAUUCUGAAUGAGCUGCAGCUGUUUAAUGCUCUUUUUAGAGUCCAGUCAGAAGACCAUUACAAUAGUCAAGUCUACUUGGGAUAAAAGCAUGGAUGAGCUUCUCCUGGUCUGCUUGACACAUGCAAGCCUUCACUCUGGAUAUGUUCUUCAGAUGGUAGAAGGCAGUUUUAAUAAUUGAUUUGAUAUGACUGUUAAAAGUCAGGUCGGAAUCGAUCAGGACACCUAGGUUUCGCACUUGGUAUUUGGUUUUUAAAGAGAGUGACUGCAACAAUCCUCUUUUCUUUAUUGCCAAAAACAAUUAUCUCAGUUUUGUUGUGGUUUAAUUGAAGAAAACUUUGGCUCAUCCAGUUAUUUAUCUGUUUUAGACAGUGACACACCACCUCAAUUGAACUGUAGUCAUCUGUCGACACUGCUAGAUAUAACUGUGUGUCAUCUGCAAAGCUAUGAUAGUCAAAAUUAAAGUUCUGAAGAAUUUGACCCAAGGGUAGCAACAGAAGGGGUCCAAGAACUGACCCUUGAGGGACCCCAUAGGUCAUUGCCAUUCGAUGAGAUUCUUCUUUUCCUUUCAGCUUGUCCCUUUAGGGGUCGCCACAGCACGUCAUCCUUUUCCAUGUAAGCCUAUCUCCUGCCUUCUCCUCUCAAACACUAACUGCCCUCAUGUCUUCCCUCACGACAUCCAUCAACCUUCUCUUUGGUCUUCCUCUAGCUCUCUUGCCUGGCAGCUCCACCCUCAUCAUCCUUCUACCAAUAUACUCCCUAUUUCUCCUGGUCUGGACGUGUCCAAACCAUCGAAGUCUGCUCUCUCUAACUUUGUCUCCAAAACAUUGAACCUUGGCUGUCCCUCUGAUGAGCUAAUUUCUAACUUUAUCCAACCUAGUCACUCCGAGAGUGAACCUCAAGAUCUUAAUUUCCGCCACCUCCAGCUCUGCUUGCUGUUGUCUCUUCAGUGCCACUGUCUCUAAUCCGUACAUCAUGGCUGGCCUCACCACUGUUUUAUAAACUUUACCCUUCAUUUUAGCAGAGACUCUUCUGUCACAUGACACACCUAGCACCUUCCUCCACCCGUUCCAACCUGCUUGGACCCGUUUCUUCACUUCCUGACCACACUCACCAUUGCGCUGGACGGUUUAACCCAAGUAUCUAAAGUCCUCUACAUUUGCUAUCUCUUCUCCCCGUAGCCUCACUCUUCCCCCACCACCCCUCUCAUUCAUGCACAUAUAUUCUGUCUUACUUCGACUAAUCUUCAUUCCUCUGCUUUCCAGUGCAUGCCUCCAUCUUUCAAACUGUUCCUCCACCUGCUCCCUGCUUUCACUGCAGAUCACAAUGUCAUCUGCAAAGAUUAUGGUCCACUGGGAUUCCAGUCUAACCUCAUCUGUCAGCCUAUCCAUCACCACUCCAAACAGGAAGGGGCUCAGGGCGGAUCCCUGAUGCAGUCCCACCUCCACCUUAAACUCUUCUGUCACACCUACAGCAAACCUCACCACUGUUCUGCUGCCCUUAUACAUGUCCUGUUUUAUUCUGAAAUACUUCUCUGCCACUCCAGACGUCCGCAUGCAGUACCACAGUUCCUCUCUGGGUACUCUGUCAUCGGCUUACACCAAGAUACACCAAGUACUCUCCUGACUGCCUCUCUGAUCACCUUGGCUGCAGUGGUCCAGUCUUCUGGAAGCUCCUCCUGUCCAGCGAGAGCCUGUCUCACCUCUUCCCGAAAAGCUGCACAACAUUCGUCCUGUCUCAGCUUCCACCACAUGGUUUUCUGCUCUGCCUUUGUCUUCCUAAUCUUCCUAACCACCAACAGAGUCAUCUUACACACCACCAUCCUAUGCUAUCUUGCCACACUCUCCCCUUCCACUACCUUACAGUUGGUAACCUCCUUCAGAUGACAUCGUCUGCACAAGAUGUAAUCCACCUGCGUGCUUCUACCUCCGCUCUUGUAGGUCACCCUAUGUUCCUCCCUCUUCUGGAAAAAAGUUUUCACUACAUCCAUUUGCAUCAUUUUUGCAAAGUCUACCACCAUCUGUCCUUCCAAGUUCCUUUCCUGGAUGCCGUACUUACCCAUCACUUCUUCAUCACCCCUAUUUCCUUCACCAACAUGUCCAUGACAAUCUGCACCAAUCACGACACUCUCUCUGGGAUGUUCAGAACUACUUCAUCUUGCUCCUUCCAGAAUUUCUCUUUCACUAAUCACAUUACACAUAACACCCUCAAUUUCAAGUUUCAGCCUCAUCACUUGAUCUGAUAGUCUUUUCACCUCCAAGACAUUCUUAGCCAACUCUUCUUUUAAAAUAACCCUGACUCAAUUUCUCUUCCCAUCUACACCAUGGUAAAAUAAUUUAAACCCUGCCCCUCAACUUCUAGCCUUACUGCCUUUCCAUCUGGUCUCCUGGAAACACACUAUAUUAACCUUUCUCCUAAUCAUCAUGUCAACCAACUCCCGGGUUUUUCCUGUCCUAGUCCCAACAUUCAAAGUUUCAAACAUUCAGUUGUAGACUCUGUGCUUUCCUCUUCUCUUUCUGCCGAAGAACCCGCUUUCCACCUCUUCUUCUUCUUCGACUUCGACCCGCAGUAGCUGAAUUUCCACCGGCACCCUGCAGGGUCACGGCGCCGGUGGUGGACGUAGUAACCCAGACCACGACCGAUCCGGUAUGGAAUUCUUUGGAUGAAGGCUCAUAUUUGUUUGGCAAAGUUUUAAGCCGGAUGCCCUUCCUGACGCAACCCUCUGCAUUUAUCCGGGCUCGGGGCCAGCCUACAGUUUGCACUGGCUUGUGCCCCCCAUAGGGCUUCAUUGCCAUUCGAUGAGAUUGAACACUUCCAAUGGUUACAAAAUAACUCUUUUCCUCCAGGUAGGACCAGAACAAUUUAAGGACUGUUCCAAUUAGUCUUACCCACGUUUACAACCUGUUCAGCAGUAUAUUAUGAUCUAUCGUAUCAAAAGACGCAUUGAGGUCCAACAAGACCAGAAUUGACACCUUUCCCGAAUCAGUAUUCAAUCUUAUAUCAUUUAGCACUUUGAUAAGAGCAGAUUCUGUACUGUGAUGAGUUCGGAAACCUGAUUGAAAUUUGUCAAAAAUUCCAUUUAAGUUCAAGAAAUUGGUGAGUUGAUAAAAAAUAACUUUCUCAACAAUCUUGGCUAUGAAAGGGAGAUUUGAGAUCGGUCUAUAGCUUGCUAACAUGGAAGCAUCCAGCGUUCUAUUUUAUUUUUUUUUAGCAGAGGCUUAAUGGCAGCUACUAUAAGAUCUUCAGGAAACUCGCCCGACUGAAGUGAGCAAUUGAUUAUUUGCUGCAAAUAAGAUAGCACAGACUUCGCAAUAGCUUUGAAAAAGUCAGAUGGUAUUGAGUCAAGACAGCUCAGUGAUGCUUUCAGCUGCUGAACCGUUUUCUCUACAGUUUUUUGGUCAACUGUAUCAAAUUCUGACAUUGUAAUAGAGUUUUUUUCUGGGUGGCUUCAGAUGUAUCAUUUUAUCCUUUUGCUGAUUUGUGCUAAUAUUUAACCUGAUGGAUUGUAUUUUUCCACUAAAAUAACAAGCAAAUUCAUUGCAUUUAUCUGCUGUUAGGAGUUCUGGAGCUAUCUGAUUCGGGGGAUGGGGGGGUUGGGGGUUGUCAGCUUGUCAACCACAGCAAACAGAGUCCGAGUAUUGUUGAAGUUCUUACUGAUGAUUUCAGAAAAGUGUUGCUGUCUGGCCCAGACUAACUCUUGGUUAAAAUUCCAGACUUUGUAGAGGUCAUAGUCAAUUUGGAGUUUAGUUUUUCUCCACUUAGGUUCUGCUUUCCUACACUUUGAUUUAGAGGUCUUUACCGUCAUUGUGCUCCUCCGCAGUGUUCUAGGUCGCCUCAAGAUUGUCUUAGUUUUAAUAGGAGCGGCAGCAUUCAUGACAUUUGAGAUUUUACAGUUGAAAUUAUCCAAAGGUUCAUCAACUGUCUCAGCAUUCACAGUUUGUGGCACAGCAAUGGUCACCAUAAACCUAGUGGCGGGACUCUCAUUUAUGUACCUUGUCUUAAUGGACAUUUAAGUUGUCUGAACUUUUGGAAGAAUCUGUAAUUCAAAGAAUACACAAAAAAGAUCUCCAGGUUUUUUUUUUUUUUGAGAUAUCACACACCAUGUCAUUGGUAACUUACUGCAAAAACGUUUCACAUCCUUGACAGCUCCAUCACCAACUAUUCACGUUUGGGGUGUCAUUUUUUUCUUGUAUGAUUUAGUUUCAUACCUUUCAGGGGUAGUGGGGGUGAGCAUUCUUGGCCAGGGUCUAGUAAAAGUGGCUCAAAUCUAAUUGUAAGUUUGAUGUUGAUGUUUGAUGAUGGCACAGUUACUAUCAAUUUCCCCCUUCUUUUUUUUGCUAUUUUGCCAUUCAACCCAAUAGCUCAAAGAAGAAUAUUUUGUAUAUGUAUACAUAUACAUAUGUAUCUCCACUGGCCAGGAACUUCGUUUUUUUUUUUUUUAAAUAUUGCUCUUGGCAGCUUCCCUUUCAGGCUUCAGCUUGUUUGUUGUUGUUUUGUCCAUUCCAUAGCCAUUUGAUGCUAUUUCAAACAGAAUAUUUUGUAUUGUUAUUAUUAGAAAAUACUGUACAGCAGCAGCCAUUUUGACAUUGUAUGUUCUGUGAUUUUGAUCACCACAUUGGGAAUUGAGGAAUUAGAACACAAUGACUGGAAAAGUUGAAUGUUUAAAAAAAGAAAGAUCUGCAGUGUAAAGUUAUUAGAAUUUUUGUAUGUUGUGACAUGACUGUCAUGUUUGCUGUGGUAUUAGUUUCUGAGAUUAUUGUUAAUAAUGGGACCGUGAGAAUGAACAGUUCGUUUAUUAACUGUGUGUUCACAUACAGUACAACUUAAUUUUUCUAUAGUUGUGUGUUGUUUGAAACAACACAGAAAGCUGUUUCAAAGCUUUUGGAGUUUAGUAUGGUCUCAUACAAUACACAUUUACAUUGUUGAAAGAGCAAUUUGACUGGGUAGUGAGAAAGAAAACCCCUUGCACCCUUGGAAAAAGCUUGGACCCAUGAAUUUUGGGCUCAUGUUUUUGAUUACAGAAAACAACUAAUGUUAAAAAUGCAUAAAUAGUCUUUACUGAAAAUUCACCUGUCCUUCAAUAAGCUUGUGAUUACCAUAUUGUGUACUUUAUUAUACUAAACCUUCCAAUUUUAAUAAUUGCUGUUAAAAAAAAAUGUAAACUUGCAUAAUAGGUAUGAUAAUUUACGAACACUUGACAUUGUCAUGUGUUUUGUAUGGCAUUACAAGCACAAAUAUCCACUGCGCUGCUUAUCGAGCCCACAUGAUACGCAUUGUCCAUGACUCCAUCCAUCCAUCCAUUUUCUGUACCUCUUAUCGCUCUUGUCGCUUUACACACAAAUCAUUUAAAUGUUUGCUAUUUAUCCUGUUUUCUGGUCCAGUUAGCGUGUGGCCAUUUUUUCCUUUUUCAUGUAGGUGGUCUGUUAAGUGUUAGUUAGAUAUUGUGGUUGCUAUUUAAUGUCAAAUGUAUUGUGAACAUUUAAGACAAUAUUGCAGACGUUAAUGUCUACAAGUAGCAUGUUUGUUUUGAUGAUUAAGUGCCAAUGACUGGUGUAUUCCCUCAAUUCAACACACUGAUUGAAUACAAUUUAAUGUGUACGUGUCUUUCUGUGUUGCCAAAGUAAUAAAAUAAAAUAUCAAGUAAA